AUGGCCAAGAUACCAGCACUCUUACGCUUAUGUGCUCCACAUACCGGAAGCUCUUCCUCGAAGGUCUCAGUGACCAUUCAUAUCGCUGGCGCCGGAGAUAAACAACCAAAGGUGUUCACCACAUCGGAUAAGAUCGAAGGAGUGGUGACUAUCACAGUGGUGGAGAAAACUUCCUUCGACGACAUCAAGAUCACACUUGAAGGGAUAUCCAAGGUAAUGACAUGGGGAGGCAUCAAUGGACCGCCACUCGUCGGUGCUCGUCAGACAUUCAUGAAGCUUCAUUAUCCAAUCGAGAAGAGUACUUAUCAACUACCAUCGAUCCUGGAGCCGGGCUGGUGCUAUAAGUUCUCGUUUACGUUUGUUGUGCCGGAGAACCUGACACUCACGCCAUGCGAGGGCAAAACAGAUGAUGCGGGUAUCAAAAAUGCGCAUACCAGGUUACCUCCCUCAAUGAGCAAGGAGACCGACACAGAAUGCUUCUCUAUUAAAUACAUCGUCCGAGUGGUUAUCCUGGGGCCAAUAUACGGUAAAGACAAGCCGACAAAGAGAUUAGUCCACGCUGUUCGACCCGUGAAGAUACUUCCGUCUGGCUCUAUGGGCUGCCCCGGCGACCUUUCCAUCAAAAUGCUUUCAUCUCACAAAGACAUCAGAAUUAGACAUGGCUGGAGAGGAAAAUGUGCUGGACGCUUAGCCGUACUAGCUUCACCUACAGGGCCCAUACGACCUCCCUUCUGUCGAACUGAUGCCGCCGACCACGCCAAAACCUCGAUUAAGGUAGACCUUAGAUACAGCCCAGUUGGAACCGAACCUCCUCCUCGCCUGCGAAAGGUGUAUUCAAAGUUGAACUUGGUAACAUCCUUCCACACCACCCCGCGAGAACAGCAUCCAUGUUUCAAAGAGAACAAAAGCUCCAAUUUACCCUCGGGAAAUCACGUUCAAUCUUUGAUGCUUCCAAAAUUCGAUAUUGCAUCGGCUCAAUGGGCAAAAGUACAGUCACCCAGUACCAGCGUUUCGUCUCCCUGGCAGGACUAUCAGGCAAACUUCAACAAUGAGGAAGCAACAUAUACCGCAUCAAUCGUUGUCCCAAUUUCCGUUCCAAUGCAUGACGACCUUGUACCGAGCUUUCACUCCCGCUUCAUUUCGCGCAUGUAUACCCUGGAGCUUAUUCUCUCCUAUUGCACGGCAAAUGGCCCUCGAAGGAGUGCUGUUAAAAUUGAGGUUCCUAUUGAGGCCACCUCGUGA